CUCCAAUUUACACUCCGAAUCACAAAUCAAGUCCUCUUCUUAAACCUCUCUCGACUUCAUCCACUUGUUCCCCAAGGAACCUGAUUCCCUCUUAUUCCUUUUUCCAUCUUUGCUCAAGACGCUUUUCUUUUUCAAAUUCGGAAGAGUGAGAAGGGAAGUCUUUUUUGGGGUUUUUCGAGUGGGUUUUAGUGAUCAUGAGUGGGUUUUAGAGGGUUCGAGAGAAGGUUAGGAUGAAGAUUCAGUGCAAUGUCUGCGAAAUGGCUGAAGCCACCGUUCUGUGUUGUGCUGAUGAGGCGGCGCUGUGCUGGGCCUGCGAUGAGAACAUUCAUGCCGCCAACAAGCUCGCUAGCAAGCACCAGAGAGUUCCUCUCUCUGGUUCUUCGUCUCAGAUGCCCAGAUGCGACAUCUGCCAGGAAGCUAGUGGCUACAUCUUCUGUUUAGAGGAUCGAGCAUUACUUUGCAGAAAGUGUGAUGUUGCAAUACACACAGCAAAUGCUUACGUAACGGGUCAUCAACGCUUUCUGCUCACUGGUGUGAAAGUCGCACUCGAGCCAACCGACCCUGUUCCUUGUUCUUCCAUAGCUAAUUCACAUUCUAGAGAGAUAUCAACCAAGACGAAAGUUAGACCACCGUCUGAUAAGGAAUUCUCGAUGCCUUCGUCUGGUGAACUCAGCAGAAGCCUGUCUGUUCAAGGUGGAUCUGAUGACUUCAUGACAAAUAGAACAUUGCUUACUGGAGAUUCUGCUUCUGGUGGCUUUUCACAAUGGCAAAUAGAUGAACUCAUUAAUCUGACUGGAUUCAAUCAGAAUUAUGGGUUUAUGGAUAACGGAUCAUCCAAGGCUGAUAGUGGAAAGCUUGGGGACUCCGACUCAUCACCAAGUUUAAGAGCUGCUGAUGUUGAACUCGACGAUGACGAUGAAUGCCCGGGUCACAUUCCAGAGGCUUCCUGGACUGUGCCUCAGGUUCCCUCCCCUCCCACAGCAUCUGGCUUAUACUGGCCAAGAAGUUACCAUAAUUCUAUGGAUAGUGCUGUUUUUGUUCCUGACAUCUGCGCUUCAGAAAGGUCACGCAACGGUAUGUUCUCGAAGGAGGCAGUUUUAGAUGUCUGAACGCUGGCAUCGGGCUUCAUUGCUUGUGUUCUGAACGUCUGCUCGGUUUGUUGUGUGUUUAUAGGCUUUCUCAACUACAUUUGUUUUAUAUUAAGUGGACACGACCAAAGAUUAUCGCUUGAAAUGUAUACCUUGUAACGUAACCACUAUAGUUUAGGAUUUGUUACAAUGAUGUAGAAAUAAACCUGUGCAUUAGUUGACCUAGGUAUUUUUUCAGAUUUAUUUCGAACAUCAUAUGGAAAUGAUUAGGAUUCAAAUCAUGUUGACCCACUUGAUUAUUUGUAGUUUUACAAAAAUUAUGAAGAAUCAAUGUUAUGUCUUGGCCA